AUGUCAUCAAGUGACGAAGAGGAGAUUGAUAUUUUAUCGUCAUUGGUUCCAAACGUUGAAGAUCCAUCGUCUGAUGAUUCAGAUGACGAGGUCGAAAAUGGUGAAAUUCAGGAUGAAAUUCUAUCAUCAGAGUCUGAAAGUGAAGAUGAAGAGGAAUCAAGCAGAAACAAGAAGAAACAAAAGCAACAAGAAAAACAAAAGAAGCAGCUUUUGACUAAACUAGACUUCCCAUCAUUGGAAUUAGAUGACAACAAUAAGGAUAAAGCUGAACACGAGGAAGAUAUGUUCUUCAUCCAACAGGAAUUGUCCAAUGCCAAUAAAGCCAAAAAUGGAUCCUUUGCCUCAUUUGGAUUAUCCAAAUUAGUAUUGUCUAAUAUUUCUAAGAAAGGUUAUCGUCAACCCACCCCAAUUCAGCGGAAAACCAUUCCUUUAUUGAUGCAGAAUCGUGAUGUUGUUGGUAUGGCCCGUACGGGUUCUGGUAAAACUGCCGCUUUUUUAUUACCUUUAAUCGAGAAAUUGAAAACACAUAGCGCAAAGAUUGGUAUUCGUGCAAUUAUUCUAUCGCCAUCAAGAGAAUUGGCCACACAAACUCACAAAGAAUUCAAAGAAUUUAGUAGAGGCAGUGAUUUGAGAAGUUUGCUAUUGAUUGGUGGUGAUUCAUUGGAGGACCAAUUUGGGGCAAUGGUUAACAAUCCAGAUGUUGUGAUUGCAACACCUGGUCGUUUCUUACAUUUGAAAGUCGAGAUGAGACUAGAUCUAUCAAGUAUUGAGUAUAUGAUCUAUGAUGAAGCCGAUAGAUUGUUUGAAAUGGGGUUUGCUGAGCAAUUGAAUGAACUAUUAGCUAGUUUACCAGAGAAAAGGCAGAGUAUGCUAUUUUCAGCUACAUUACCUAGAAACUUAGUUGACUUUGCUAAAGCUGGUUUGAUCAAUCCUGUUUUAGUCAGGUUAGAUGCAGAAACCAAAGUCUCUGACCAACUAGAGAUGUGUUUUUUCUCAACAAAGAAAAACGAAAGAGAAGCAAAUCUGUUAUCUAUAUUGCAGGAUGUAAUUAAAAUGCCGACAGCAACUAAGGAGCAAUUGGAUAAAUUGAACCAUGCAAACAAUACAUUCAAUGAUUCAGAUAGUGAUUCAGAGAAUGAGAAUAGGAAAAAGAACCAACCGCAGAGAAAGAAGAAGAAGAUCAGAUUUCCAAAGGCGAACGAGUUACCAAGUGAAUACUCCACUAUAAUCUUUGUGCCAACACGUCAUCAUGUUGAAUAUAUUACGAAUAUACUUAAGGCUGCAAACUAUGCGGUUUCGUAUAUCUAUGGUUCACUUGAUCAACAUGCAAGAAGGCAACAAUUGCAGAACUUCCGACUUGGGUUAAGUUCGGUGAUGGUUGUCACUGAUGUUGCUGCACGUGGUAUUGAUAUUCCAGUUUUGGCAUAUGUGAUUAACUAUACAUUACCUUCAUCAAGUAAGGUUUUUAUUCACAGAGUUGGUAGAACAGCUAGAGCUGGUAACAAAGGUUGGGCCUAUUCCAUAAUUGGAGAAGGUGAGCUGCCAUAUUUAUUGGACCUGGAGAUAUUCCUCGGACGUAAAAUUCUAUUAACUAAGAUGCAAGAGAAGAAGAAUGAAAUCUUAAGGAACAAAUGGAUUGAGACAAGAGGCACCGACGAAGGAUAUGUUGAGCCCAAAGUACCAUACACGAAGAGGAUUGUUUUGGGUAGUAUUCCAAGAAUUCAAGUUGAGACCAUGGAAGAUUUGUAUGAGACUAUAUUGAGACAUAACUAUGAUAUCAAGAAUUUGAAGGGUGUCUGUGAUAAGGCUGAGAAGUUGUACAUGAGGUCGAGACAGCCGGCAUCACAAGAAAGUGUCCGUAGAAGUAAGGAGUUAAUAAGUGUUGGAUGGGAUGAUCAAAAUGUAAUAUUUGGUCAAAACUUGGAAUUAGAGAAGGACAAGUUUUUGGCGAAGUUACAGAACAGAAUACACAAGGAGACUGUCUUUGAGAUUGGUAAGAAGGACGACAACCUAGUUGAGUUGAUGAACAAGAGACGGAAGCAAAUUGCGCCAGUACAGGAGAGAAUGAGGGAGCGGAGAGCCUUAUUAGAGAAGGAGCGGUUACUUGGACUAUCACAUAAUUUAGAGGAUGAGCUGAUGAAGGAGGAAGAUGAGAAGGAGGGAGAAGUUGGGUUUGGAGUGAAUGAGGAGGAGUUGAUCAAGGAGUUUGAAGAUGGAGAUGAAGUAUUGAACAUGUCCAAGAGCAAGAAGAAGACAUACAAGGAUCCCAAUUUUUUCUUAUCCUACUAUGCCCCAAGAAACGUUAUUCAGGAUCAACAAAUGUCUAUUAAUGAGGGCAGCAAUUCUGGGGGCAACUUCAUUAGUGAGGCCAACAAGGCUGCAUUUGAUAUCGAUGCGGAGGACGAGAAGUUGGCCAUUAGUAAGCAGGCGCCAAAGGUUGUCUGGGAGAAGAACAAGUUUGUGCGGAAGCAAGAUGACCGAAAGUUCAUUAUAUCUGAGAGUGGGCAACGGAUUCCGGCGUCUUUUAGGUCGGGCAAGUUUGACGAAUGGAAGGAGAAGCACAAGGUGGGGAACAUUAAGGUUGGAGCAUUGGAGAAGAGUCAAGGUGGGAUUGGCAAUAAGUUCAACAGCAACUUGAAUGGAUCUAGAAUUGGUGGCAAGUUCAAGCACCAUAACGAGAAGGCGCCAAAGAUGCCCAAGAAGGGACGUGAUGAUUACGAGAAACAGAUGGAGAAGGUCAAGAAGGCAGUUGAGCGAGGCGUUCCUGUUAAGGGAUUUAUUGGUAAAGGUAGUGGUCGUCAAGAACUACGUGACAGUGAACAUAUUCGUAAACAACGUGAGGUUAAGCAAAAGCGUCGUGAGAAAAAUGCACGUCCUAGUAAGAGACGUCGGAAGUAG